GACUGUUUGCUGGAGGGAGUGCUAGGCAGGCGGACUGGGUUCUGUGGGGUGGUGCCGGGCUGAUGCACUGAUUACUGGGGAAGGACGAAGCUUGUGUUUCGUGUGCGUUAUCGUGGGGAUGAGGAUGAUGUUGGCUGGUGUGGGCCUUGUAAGAGCUCUUAAAAUUCCUUCACCCUCAACACACCACUUCUUCAGGCCGACUUUUACUGGCUUCUUGGGACAGAGGAACAACAAUGAAGCAAAAGUUUCCUUCUCUACAACUCCAGGUGACCAGGAGUCUUGGCCAAACAAUAACAAAGACGGUGAUGGACCUGUAAAAUUUAGCACCAGUAAGGCAAGUCACCGUAUUUGGACAGUUGGGAAGUCAAUGGGCAGUGAUUACCAAAACCCGUGGUGGAAGGUUCUUCCUCUGAGUCUUGCUGGGAUUGCAUUUUUACUCUGGUGCUUCCUGCGGGAAGAAACUGAAGUUGAUGAAAUACUGGAACGUACAUUGCUUGACCAUUUAUCUGAAUUCAAACAGCUCACACCUGAACCAAAAGAACACACCAAACAAAGAAACGUAGCACAAAACCAAAAUACUGCUGAUCCUGGAAUCUUCAAAUAAAAGCAGGAAAUUCUGGAACUUCUCGGGAGGUUUGGCAGCUUCUGUGGAGAGAACAACUGUCAACUGAUCAUAUCAAGGACCUUUCAUCAAUUUAUAGCAAAUGAACAAUGAAAGUCUCCCACACUAGUAGACAAAUACUUUGCUGCACAUUCAAAAUGGUUUGAGCAGAGGAUAAAGAACAGUUGAUCUAACUGGAGUAUUUAAAAAGUUAAUUGGUAUAUGCUUGUGCCAGGUCAAACUUGAUUGAAUCAUUGCAGCACAUUCUAGGAUUAAAUCAAAAGCAGGAUUUGAAGGUGAGCCAACCUCCACUGCCUUCCCACUAAAGUAUUGGCGAAAGAUUAAGAGUUAGGCCACCUGUAUAACAUCAUGGUUUCUCAACAGUAUAGGUCUAGCAGAAACACCUGAAAUUCUUUCCAGAUCAGGAAUAGUUUAUGUCUGAUUCUGUUCUGUCUUCACUUGCCUGAUUUGAAGCUGUUGUAGCUGCAGCAGUUGUUGAUCCCUGGGCUGUGCAAAAAUAUCUGUUGAAUUUCUUGAUCCUGUUUUGUUAGGUAUUGAUAGAAGGUAUUUUGAACCACUUGGGAAAACUGUUUUUGCUUGGCAAUUUGUCAACAAACAGACACCUUCCACCUUCAGGGGAGGAGGAGAAGCUGCUGGGGAGAAAAUUUAUAAACUAAACCUCAAGUUUAACACUUGAUAAUUCUGGGUGAGACCAUGGAUGGCAAAUGAUGAAGAAUGGACAUGUAUAGGUCAGAGAAUUCUGCUGUCACAGGAGUAUAAUUCUGCCAUUGUUAUCAAACCAACAUACCAGUACUUCAUCUAUGCACUCUUAAUUCACUCCUACCAUGAGUAAGAAACCUGUAUCAUUAAACAUUGCAACUCCCUGAUAUCGUAUUGAGUAAAGACAGCGUCACAAUAGCUAUGCUGAUGCUAAAAUUCUGAACUGGAUUUUUGAUCUAUGCCCAACUGGAGUAAGAGUGCUUUAUUGGUCUCAAAUCUUGUCCCUAUUUUGUGUAUUGGGGUCCCACACCUGAAUAUUAUCUAUUGACUUUUGUCAGAAAGAGUACUUUGUUCAUCUGAGAACAUGAUCAGAUCAGAUGUGAUGGCCUUGAGUGGAAGAUCAGGUACACUGUUGAUAAUUCUUUGUCCACCUAUUGUUCAAUUGGAUGAAAUGCAAAUAUUUCUCUGUUCCACCUUCCCAAACGUACCACUUCGACUCACUCAGUAUUAUGUGAAAAGUGGGGUUACAAUUAAAAAUUCAUCUUGUCACACCACGGCUUACCAGGCCUUUAUCAGUACAAUUCCAUACAUGUUAACAUAAUUAAACAGAGAAAAAAAUAAAUAAUUAUUGGUACAAAUGAUUUUUUUAAAAAACUGUUCAGUUGUUAGAUCUCUAAUAAAUGUCUGAUAAUCAUUUCCACCUGAGACAGUCUGUAUUGCACAGCACCUAGAUUGUACUUGCCUCUGGAGAAAUAGCACCCCUUUCUGAAACGCCACUGGCAGCAAUGUAUUUUGUUAUUAUGUGAUAUUGCGCAAGAUUUGAGCCUGAUCAAUGAUGCGAUUACCAGAGGCUUUUUUUUGUCCUUUGUGAAUGUAAACGUUAUGUUGACAUGUACUUCUCUACAACCAACUCACAUUCUUACUCAUGUCGGUUUGGUCUGACACUUCUCCAGUUUUGCAGUAUUCUGUGAUAAAUACAAUAUGUAAAUAAAAUCUAUCUCU